GAUAUGCUGCAGAGCGGGAAGUUGAACGGGCGGGAAAAAUAACAAGCGCCCAACUGAGCAAAGUCGGACAGCUAACUUUUCUUGACAUCUUUUUGACAGUCAACCACUUGGAAACAAAUCUACUUACAAAUCUACUUCGCCAUCGUACAGCCACCUGUCAAGCUAAAAUGUACUUGCUAGUAUUCGAUUUUGGUGAACAUUAUUGAGCUGGAUAGCUAUCUAGCUAACGCCUCGCUUAUUUUGUCUAGAGAAGGAUGGGAGACAGGACCCUGCUGCGGGAACUAAAGCGGUGGGCGAUUGAAGAAUUUAAUCUACCAACCCAAAGUCUCCCAAAUGACAACUACUUUAAAACGAAUGUAAGGGUUAUGCGUGGAAAUAUCCAAUGGUACAAAGUUCUGCACGAUAAGGAGUUGAAACAGGUAGUGGGGCAGAGUAAUGCUGCUAAGCGGUUUGAGCUUCAGGAGCAGAUAGAUGAGCUGAGAGUAGAACUAAACCACCUGGACUCUCAAAUCAAGGGGACUGAAGCACAGCUGGUUACUGAGGAGCAGUCCAUUAACCGGAGCUGGGAGAUGGUGGAGGAGAACCAAUGCAGGGAGCUGCUUUUACAGGCUUUUAAGCAGRGCUGCAUGAAGGAGCGCCACUCUCUUUCAGAGGAUAUCCGCAAGAUCAGUGGGCACUCCCAGGUUCUGGAGCAGCUGUCUAGGAGGGCAGAGGUGAAGGUGGUGUUUGGAAAUGAAACCUCCAAUAGCAGUGGGGACCAUCUCAACCCAUCAGGAGCAGAGCCUAAGGUUCUGCAUAACGUCAGAGAGUUGUGUGAUGAAAGACUCCAGUUCUUCCAGUCUUUGCUAGAGAGUGAACUGAACAUGACAUCUUCCACUGCCACACACCUGACACGUGAACAGAGAACUGCAGUAUUUCAGCAUUGGUUAAGUGCUGUGGAGGACUUGUUGCAAUGCUAUCCUCCGACCCAAGUGCUGUCAGCCUUGCAGUACCUGGCCUUGGGACAGGAAAUUACAUUGGAGGAGAUGCUUGCCUCUUUGGAUGUGGCUCGUGAUGUUGCUGCAUUACGGUUUCGCUACGAGAGUAAUCACCUGCUGGACAUCUCAAAAGAAGAGGAAAAUCUACCAACCGUUAAGAGUCUUUUACAGUCAGCCUGGGAGGAGGUGGAACAGAGUCUGAUGGAACUGGCUCAGACACGGUCACAAAUUCAACAGCUCCAGACCCAGCUUCAUACCCGAAAGAAAGAGGCACAGUUAGAGCUGAUUGGCGGGGAAUCUCAAACCGAAGCCCUGUCACAGUCAGUGUUUAAGCUGGAGAUGCAGUGUGUGAUUCAGGCAGCAGUGAGAAAUGGUUUGCGGGACCAGUGUGUUCAAAUGGAGCAGCAUGCCAGGGACCGACAGGAGGACCUCCGCAACCUACGGAGCCAAUGGCAAAACAUCAUGGACUUCAGACAGCUUGGGGAUGUCAGGCAGGAACAGAUAAGCGGUCUGAUCAAGGGGAACUCAACAGCUAAGACUGAACUGACUCGUGUGCACAAGGAGAUUGGACAGUUUGUCCAGGGAAAGCUGGUUCCCCAGUUUGCUAAAGUUCUUUCAGCAGCCAAUAGGCUUCGCAACUCUGUGUCCCAGGASGCCAGACAGUUUGGAAACGUGUCACUAUUGACACUUGACCGCAGGAUCAUUGAAGGCAAGCAGAGAAUUCCAGCAGCGUGGUUGUCUAUCCAUCGCUUGCAUUCCUUGCCCUUCCACAAUCUGUGUCAAAGCCUGGCUUUCCCAAUGUAUCGAGCCCCUGAGGAACUGUACACCCAAGCUCUAUCCCAGCAUCUGGAGCUUCGAUUUCUGCGUCGUUUGCUGCAAUUGCACUCUUCCUCUUUAACAAAUGUAGAGAAGCAGGGAGCGCUGCUUCCUGUACCUGACCAACAAGCCCUCCUGCUACGUGUCCUGGAGGAAGACAAGGAGCUGCUUAAGUCUUUAUUGCCCAAGGUUCGGGAGCUUACCCAGCGCUGCUCACAGGGCCUUUCUUAUGGGUAUCAGGUCAAGAUUGCCAUUUCCCAUUGGUGGGAUCAGCCUGCUCAGUUUGCUCUGCCUGACAUACGCAAGGGGGGACUGACUUUUCAGCAGUGGCUACAGAGGUGGAAAUUUGUAGUUAAGGCUUCUUGAUGAGCUCCCUAGAAAAUAAAGACAAGACUGAAGUGCAUAGAUACCCAGCAAACAGGAUGUCCAGGGGACCAUGACACAACCUCCCGAAGUUCUGGGGACAUCCUUACGACUAAUUUCUGUUUGAGGGUAUGCACCAAGGUGAAUUUUAGAGAACAUUACUGUUCUUUGUAGUACUAAAACUACAAUUUUAUUCCCACUGGCAUUAAUUUACAAUAUUGUUUGUUUAUCACAUCUUCUUUUUGCUAAACAUGAUGCCAUUCAAUCUAUAUCACAUGUAAAUUUCAAUUGUCUUUAUGCCAUUAAAUUAACUUUGCCUGCACCUUA